AUGCUUCUAUACGUAAAGAAGCUACGCUUCCGCAGGACCAUCGAGGAUGAAGACAGACGACGUCAGAAGGAUAUGGAGACCGAGCGAUUCGCGUCCCUGAGACGUGAGAGCACAUUGCGCCGGAUCAUUGAGGAAGAAGCUCGCAAUUCCGAUCUCAGGGGGCUGCAGGAUCGACACAGACUGAUUAGCAAUCAGGACCAUGAGCGCUCAGCUCAGCAACAGUCAAUUGAAGAUUCGUCCCGCCAAAAGACACUCGAGCACGCGAAAAGUAUGGUCAAGGUCUCACAAGCCGGGCUCGACAAUCAGAACAGAGCAGGGUUGGCGCACGCAACGAGUCUGGUUCAGAUUAGACGAGCUGAGAAAGAGCACAGCGCGGGGCUUGACAGGCAGAUCGAGUACGAUGGAGAGCAAACGUCCAAUCGACAGUACGAGCGUAAGAAGCAGCUGAUUGACUUUGAGAACGAGAGCUUCCAGACCCGCGCCAGAACCAUGGCCACCUAUGCGCAGCAGAUAAAAGCUGCACAGCAAUACAUUGGAGGCUCGAAUGUGCUUCGUAUUGGCGGCGGAAGCGUUCAUGACAUGCCGGACUGA